AUGACUAAAGACUCGCUCUCAGACAGAAGGUAUCAGGCGAACAUAUAUACAAAAGAGGUAACUACUAAAGAAAAGAAUUCGGAUCACUGGCUCAGAGGACAGGAAUUUACGAGUAUUUAUUGUCUUGUGGAUUCGUAUUACAGCGGGUUAUCCGACUCCACCGUACAGCUACCGUUGGAUACCCCUCUCCCGAGUAGACCUCUGCGCCUCCCCCUAAUCUUUCGCCACAGCACUGAAAGUUGCUUCACUGCCAUGGUAUCCAGAGCAGAGGGACCCCACCUGACAUCACACCUGUGUGACGAUUCAUCAACCCUACCUACCAAGAGGAUCGCAAAGAGGACCACGAGAAGUGUCCCGAUGACCAUUCCGGCUUUAGAAUAUCCUGAGUGCAGUCCCAUACAGAAUUAUCCCGACAACAUAAUCCCCGUUUUGGAGUUGCCCCAAAAUAGAAGCAGAAAAGAAGAAUAAAAAAGGAGGAGUUUUGUUGGAGAGAAUCUCAGAGUAUUUGGGAAGAAGAAGAGGAGGUUUGGUGGAAUAGUGUAGGAAUAAAAUAAUUUUAGCCAGCAGCUGGAAUUUAUAAAUAAAUAAA